GAAGGUUCCAAGUAGUCCAGGUAGCCGGCUAGAGGUAAGAUGUUAUAGAAAAACAUAAUACAGAAGUGAUUUGAGACUGGCAAUAACUGUGGUAUGAUGAUGAUGGCAAUCUUCCAGAUUUGAAGUUUUACAAGUGCUAAUAACGGAGUCAGAUGGGCAAGACUUCACAGAGGAAACAAUGUGACUAUGAGAACCCAUCAAAGCCUUGUUUAAGUACUUCAAUCCCCUUGAGGAUGUCUAGUUAUACAUUCAAGAGGCCAGUCACUAAAAUCACCUCCCAUCUGGGCAACGAGGUAAGAUACUAUCAGUGGGAGGAGACCUUGGAGAAGCCAGAACAAGCCUGCUGGCAGAAGAGACUUCAAGGACUCCAAGCCUACAGCAGUACAGGAGAACUUUUGAGCACUUCAGAUCUUGCCAAGGCUUUGAAAGAUCUUACACCAACCGACACAGUUGUCUCUGCUUCAGACACUCAAGCCACCAGCAUUGACACCAAACCUGUGCCUACCCUUGAGUCAUCUUCACAUUUGGCAAAGAUGAUUCCAGAAGCAGGCCCACAGAUCCUUUGCAAAGAAUUUCUGGUCACCGAACAGGAUAUUAUCAACCAGGAAAGGAAAGUGAAAAUAGCAAGGGAAAGACUGGCAGUGGCGUUGAUUGCACACAAGCUAGCAAGUGAGAUGGAGACAGUGAGGGGGUCAAGGAAGGCGAACUUAUAAACAUAAUGGGGGGCGGAGCUGGAGAGAAAUACUGCAGAUAAAAUGGGGUAUGGCUUUGUUUUAACACCUCUUUGCAGUAUCUUUUGCUGUUGUUUUGAGACCUUGAAACUUUCAACUUAACAAUACUUUAUUAAAAGUCUUCAAUGCAAAAAA